CUCGCAAGUCGCAACCCGGAGUUUUUGUAAAAGAUUAAUAACACAAGUACACAACGAUGCUAACACGUUGUCCUGUAAAAUGUACAAUCAUUUUUAGUGUCCUGGUAUGUAGUAUUUCACUUGGCCACUCUGAUCGCUUGGGUUACUACUGUACAAGUGACGGUAACUACACAAGUAACAGUAUUUACAAAAAGAACCUUGACAGUGCUCUAGCCAAUCUCUACUCCGCUGCAAACGCGAGCAACUCCGGUUUUUAUAAUGCUUCUGUGGGAGAAGGCUCGGACAGAGUGGAUGCAUUCGUGCUCUGUAGGGACGAUGUUCAACCUGAUAUCUGCAGAAGCUGUGUAAAAGACUCAACAGACAUGCUAAGAAAGUCGUGUCCUAACCAAAAGGAGGCUUUCGAGUGGUACCAAGAGUGCAUGUUAAGAUACUCGAAUAAUUCUAUUCUAAACAAAGUUGUGACAGAGCCGACGUGGAGGCUGAGAGGAGAUUAUGUAGAAGACGGGGCUCAGUUCAAUCAAAACCUUAGAGAUUUGCUGGAUGAUUUGAAAGCACAAGCAAUUCAAAGGAAGUUUGCUACAGGCAAAACAAGGGGUCCGCAAUUUAAGACCAUUUACGGGCUUGUGCAGUGCACCCCUGAUUUAUCUUCAAUCCAGUGCAGUAACUGCCUUGAUAACGCUAUCGGAUAUCUCUCAACAUGUUGCAGUGGAAGAAUAGGGGCGCAAAUAUUGAAACCUAGCUGUAGGCUUCGGUUUGAAGUUGUGCAGUUUUAUAAUGAGACAACUGGCACUGAUGCACAACCACCCUCCCGGUCACAGCUGCCUCGACCAGUUGCUGGAAAAGAAGAUAAUAGCAACCAAACCUUAAUUAUUGCUGCUGUUGUCAUUGUUGGUUGUGCUAUACUCCUGCUUGUUCUAGUUUGCAUCAUUAAAAGAAAGAAAAAUCAGAUGACUGCUACCGGGACAUUGCUGGAUGACAGUAUGGAAGAUAUGAAUAGCACUGGAUCUUUGCAAUAUGACUUUGGUACUAUCGAAGUUGCUACCAAUCACUUUUCAGAUAGAAAUAAACUUGGAGAAGGUGGAUUUGGAGCUGUUUACAAGGGUACACUUCAAAAUGGCGAAGAAAUAGCUGUUAAGAGGCUUUCUAAUGGUUCGAAUCAAGGUCAGCAAGAAUUUCAAAAUGAGGUCAUAUUAGUAGCAAAACUGCAGCACAGAAAUUUGGUUAGACUUCUUGGUUUCUGCUUUGAAGGAACUGAAAGGCUUCUUAUCUAUGAGUUUGUGCCUAAUGCAAGUCUUGAUCACUUCAUAUUUGAUUCAGCGAGGCGUUCAUACAUGGACUGGGAAAAACGAUACAAGAUCAUAUGUGGAGUUGCUAGGGGACUUCUUUACCUUCAUGAAGAUUCUAGACUAAGAAUUAUUCAUCGUGAUCUUAAAGCAAGCAAUGUUUUGCUAGACACAGAAAUGAAUCCUAAAAUUGCAGACUUCGGCACGGCCAGGCUAUUUAAUAUGGAUGAAACUCAGGGAAUUACUCGCAAAAUUGUGGGAACAUAUGGAUAUAUGGCACCAGAAUAUGCAUUCUAUGGACAGUUCUCGGCUAAGUCUGAUGUUUUCAGCUUUGGCAUAUUAGUUCUGGAAAUAGUAAGUGGUCAGAAGAACCAUAGUUUCCAAAACGGGGAGAAUGUAGAGAACCUUGCAAGUUUUGUCUGGAAGAAUUGGCAAGAAGGAACUGCAUCUAACAUUAUAGAUCCGGCAAUAAAGAAUAAUUCAGCAUCCAUACGCGAAAUGAUAAAAUGUAUUCACAUCGCGUUAUUAUGUUUGCAAGAAAAUGUUACAAACAGGCCAACUAUGGAUUCAGUGAUGCUUAUGCUUAAUAGCUUCUCUGUAGCUCUUGCAGUACCUUUAGAGCCAGCUUUCUUUAUAUCGAGCAGCAUUGAUCCAGAGCUGCCAUUGCUUGCGGAUGAUAAUAAUUCAAGAGUUAGCGACAAGUCUAGUGAUUACUCUAUUAAUAGAGAUCCAAUUACCGAUCUCCAUUCACGAUGAUUAUUUCACUGGUGUUCCUUUGUUUUUGAUAGAUUGUUUCCAACUUUGAUGGUGCCUACUUUCUGGUUUAACGUAAUUUCAUUAAUUGAGAAUCAGAAUCAGUUAUCCAUUAUUCGUGACGGUUUAAAUAU